GAACAAGCAGCUUCUUCCGGCAGCUUCUUCCAGCAACCGGAAGCCCCCUGCGGGCCCUGAGAAAGCGGGAUCCAAGUUAUGAUUGGCCAAUGUUCCUGUCAGUCUUCGUGGGAGGGCGUCGAUUUUUCCUCUAGCGACUGGAGAAAAGGAGUGCCAGUCCGGGAAUCCCGUGUGUGAUUGGGCGUGGCCGUGAGGGGGCGGAACCCGGGACUGGAUAAUAAGGGCUGAGUGUCAUUUCCCCUCUGUCAGAUAGCAAAGACGCCCCCGGCCCCUGGUAGCCCUCUCGGUCCUAGGGAUCCUCCUGAGCUCCAUAACAGGCCAUUCCGCCGGGGCCCACUCUUAAGGCAUCCCGGACACACGCCAGCCUACGGGCCCCCCUAGUGUGACCUCUGACCCCUGGUGUUGGUCUUGGGACCAGCCCCUGGUGCGGGCUGCGGGGCGGCCAUGGAGCUGGGCAGCUGCUUCAAAACCUACGAGGACUUCAAGGAGUGCUUCAGCGCCUACAAAAAGGAGAACAGGUGCUCCUUCAUUCUCAGGGACUGCGUCUCCGUCCGCUUCCACAACCUCAACCACGGCACGUCAAUCCGCGAGGACAUCCUAUACAUGCAGGUGAAAUUUGUCUGUAUUCGGACCCAGUCAAACAGGAAGAGAACAUCAGAGGCAGACAUGUGCCCAGCAUACUUGCUCCUGCGGUACAAUGAGAAACUGGAUCGACUAUUUAUUAGUGAACUCAACACCCAGCAUGUCCAUGUUGAUUCCAAAACUGCAGGACCCAGAGGAGACACCACUGGCAAACCUCAAAAGACCAUGUACCUGCAGAAACCCCAGCCUGAGCAGCCUGCAACCAAGAAAGACCUUGACCUAGCCAAGAAGUCCCCCGUUGAACCAUCAUUUUGCUUAGACAAGGUCCAAGCACCCUCCAAGCCAGAGCAGGAGGGCAUCACUCCUUCUGACCUGGCCAAGAUAGCAAAAGUGAUGAAAAACUUUCUUAAGGUGGAUGAGGGUUCCAUGGCCUCUCUCAGCGUGGGCAACAGCCAAGACCUGGACCGGCUCAGCUUCCAGAGCAGCAAGAUGACCGAUCUGUUUAUCCGCUUCCCAGAGAAUCUCCUGCUACACCGCGUGGAGAACACCCAGGGCCACAUCCUCUAUGCUUUCUUGGUGGAGAACAAGGAGCGAGAGGGCCGAGUGGUACACUUUGCCGUGCUCAAGGCUGAGACAGCUACCUCCGUGGCCAAGAUGCUGAGUAUCUUCACAGAGUUCAACACAGACUGGCCCAAGGUCAAGGUGGUCUUUGUGGACCCGUCCUUCCCCCAUCGAGCCAUCCUGCAGGAGAUCUUCCCUGCUGCCCGCAUCCUCCUGUCCAUCUACCACACCACCCGGCUCUUGGAGAAGAAGUUGCAUCGUAGUUCAGCAAAUCCAUCCUUUAAAAGGCUCAUGAAGGAAGCCCUGCGGGAGGCUGUGUUCGUCACUUCUGACGCCAGCCUGCAAAAUCUCUGUCAGAUGUCCCGAGCCCUACUGGAUGAGGAGCUCUUCAGCUUCCUGCAGGCCCACUGGUUCUCCUGUGAGCUGCUGUGGUACAUGCACGUGAGGAAAGGCCUGCACGCGUGUAACACGUACAUGGACAGCCUGGACGUUGUCACCAGCAAGGUGUCCAGCCUCUUUCGGGAACAGCAGUCUCUGCUGGACUGCAUCCUCCGCUUUGUGGAUUAUAUAGACUUCUUUAAUACCAAAGGCUUGAAAAACUUGCCCACAGCUCCUCCCAAGUUAAAAAGAGCCCGACCAGCCAGCAUGCCGCCAAAGUCCAAGAAGACGUUUGGAGUCUGUGGGGGGAGCCUCACCAGGCUCCCUGUGGAAAAGACAAAGCCAGAGCCACAGCGGGCGCCGUUGCAGCAGCAGCCACAGGUGCAGCCCUCCCAGGAGGGCAUGCUAGCCACCUUGCACGGGAGUGGCUCUGAACUGGCCUAUAAGCUGUGCCACAAUGAGUGGGAGGUGGUGCAGAACUCCACCCACCUGGUGGACGUGGCUGGCUCCUCUGUGGACAUUCAGCUACUAGAGGAUUCUCACCAGGUGAGCAAGGAUGGCUGUAGCUGCAGCUGUUCCUUUCAACAGUGGUACCACCUGCCAUGCCGGCACAUUUUGGCCCUGCUGCACACCAGCCAGAAGCCUGUGGGUGAAGCCAUGGUGUGCCGCCGGUGGCAGAAGAGGUACCAGCACCUCCUUGGGCCCAAUGGGGAGCUCCGGGACCCUGUUGUGGUCCCAAACAUAGGCCAGCCUGGGAAGCAAGGAAGGAGUGACGUGAUUCAGGACCUCAGCAGGGAGCUGGCAAACCUGCUCAUGCAGAGUGAGGGGCCAGAGCUAGAGGAGCGCUGUUCCACCCUGCGCAAGAUUGUGGACAUCUGGGCUGACCCCUGCCAGCCGCCUGAGCCCAGUCAGCAGCCGCAGGACUUCAAGGAUGUGGGCCGCCUCCCUUUCCUCUGGGGAAAGCAAGAGGAAGGAGAGGGACUCCCUCUUGCUGGAGCCACGAUUCAUGAUUAAGGCACUUGCACUGGUGCAUUGGACCACAGGCCCCUCUCCUUGGAAGUCUGAGAACUCAAAGUGGGCAGGCCAUGCCAGGGGUCAGCAUUUUAACCAAUGUCUUCCUAGGUAGGGCUAGGAAGAUUGUUACAACAGGGAGAAGAGGAACCCCACUAUGUGACAGUCCUCUGAAUCCACCCCGUUUCUGCCCUACCUUUGUCAUUCCUCGGGAACCUCGUUCAUUGUCAAGGCCAAAGUUAUCUCCAUGCUGAAAGGUCACCCACCCCUCUUUCUGCCCUGACUCCUGAGAUGAGAUCUUCCUCCUGUCAGAGGGAUGAAUUCCUGCCCCAGGAUAGGGUGAGAUGAAAUAUACCUGGUAAAAGGACCUGUUUCCAGGGACAAAGGGAUGGAGGGUGAUCCUUAGCUGUUGCUGCUCUUUACAAAGAAUCUGUUAUUUGUACUUAUUUUUAUUCAUAUUAAAUAAAGUUUUGGUGGUUUUUUUUUGUUUUUUUUUUUUAAUAAAA